ACUACCUUAAUCUGCUUGCAUUUUUCCCUUUUCCCUUUUCUUUGUAUAUCAUAGGUUUUUCUUUAUAUAAUUCAAUGGCGACUUCUGAAUUCCCAGCUCAAAAGGAUGGAAGCAAAGCUGUUUUACAGGAAACCACUGUGGUGGUAUUUGUUUUAGGUGGUCCUGGUAGUGGAAAGGGCACUCAAUGUCCCAAAAUUGUUGAACACUUUGGGUUUAGACAUCUUUGCGCCGGUGAUCUUCUUCAAGCAGAAAUCGAGUCUGAAUCUGAAAAUGGAACAAUGAUUCAAAACUUCAAGAAAGAAGGAAAGCUUGUCCCUUCUGAGAUAACUGUGAAGCUUCUACAACAGGCGAUGCAGCAAAGUGAUAACAAGAGAUUUAUCAUUGAUGGUUUCCCGCGCAAUGAGGAAAAUCGUGCUGCAUUCGAGAACAUUGUGAGAAUCAAGCCAGAAUUUGUAUUAUUUUUUGAUUGUCCUGAAGAGGAGUUGACAAAACGUAUUCUGAACAGGAACCAGGGAAGGGUGGAUGAUAACAUUGAAACCAUAGGAAAGCGACUUAAAGUCUAUUUCGAAUCAACCUUACCUGUAAUCAACUACUACGACUCAAAGGGGAAGGUUCGGAAGAUUGAUGCUCAAAGGUCAAUUGAUGAGGUAUUUGAGGAUGUGAAGAGUGUUUUUGCCAAGCUCAGACCAGUGGCCAGGGUGGGAUCAACGAAAUAAUGUGAUGUCCUGGGAUUUGCUUCAUGACAGUAGUUUCUUGAGAUUAUUGGUCAGAUCUCUUCAACUUGUAGGAUGAAACAUCAUUUUAGUGUAGGAAAAGAUCUUCUACAGUCUUUUUGACUA